GAUCCAUGGUCGAGACUCAAGAUCAUAGCGUAGUGCAGCUAAAUAUAUGCAUCUCGAGGUAGUUGAUGGAUAUUGAAUAAUAGUCAGCAUUUGCGCUUUCUGUUGCAGAAACGCCUGCUUAAAAUAUAAAACCAUGUCCCAAACCACAAGAGAGUUCUAAAUUGCUUUAUUACACUAAAUAUUUAUUACUUAAUAAAAUUAAAGUUAACUACACCAUAAAGUAUUUAUUAUGUCUUUUAUUAUAGAUUUACUUAAGCUUUUUAUAUGUCCUAUUUCUCAAUCAGAUGAGCCUGAAACUGGUGCAGACCCUCAGCCUUCCUAUUUCAACACCAACACCACGGAGCCUGAUUACAGUGCCCAGACUCCAUCUUAUGAGUCACAGUCGCCUUCCUAUAACGCCCAGCCUUUGUCUGACAAUAUGUCGUCAGGUGGGGAAGGGGCUGUGCAGAACCAUAACAUUGUCAACCAAGCCUGGCAGACAGCAUAUAGCAACGCACAGGAAUAUGUGUCAGAUGGGACUUAUACACAAGAAACAGUAUAUGGCAAUAGUGUUACGACUGGGGGUGCAGCAAGCUACUUAUGAUGUUGAACUAGCCUUGUGCAGCUAACAAUCUGCCUGACAGCCGACCCCGCCUAGCGUGGCUUUAUUAACUGUAUGUAGACUCUAUGUGGAAUUGGGUUAAGCUUGCUGGGUAUAUGGAGGAACUCGAUGCCUGGGGGUAGGAAGUCGGACACAGGGACCACCAAUACUAGCUAGUCGCUCCAAGUCCUCAUAGAAAAUAGAAAGCAGGUACUUAUUAGCAAACCUUUAACUAUUCUAUCCUCUAUUGCUUUAUUAUUAAAGGCAGUACUGUAGC